AUGAGGCGUAGCCCAACCUACAUUAUUGCAACCUACACGGCUUUUCUCAUGCCUUUCUCUGUGUCUCUGUGGACUUACGCAAAAUUGUCCCAGCAAGGCGUGGCGACGAAGACAGUACUUUAGUACGGCUAGGCGCUGCAACGCAGCUGGGGCGGUUUUUCGUAUGUCCGUUUAGAACCUGUUUACGAUCUGUAGCGAGCUAAGAUCGGAAACAGGUUCUUAGAAGCGAUAGCCUACGCCUACACCGACCAGCCAAGGAUCAACUUUCACGGCACUGACUUUAGCACCACUGAUCGUCACAUCGCUGCGUAUCUGCACUUUUUUGACAUCCAGGUUCAGCGACCAGUUUUUAUCGAGUUUGAAAUCUAUGCCAGCCUGUAUCGCCAGACCAUAGCUGUUGCUCUCCAGGCCGCCUGCACCUUUGAGCAGAUUCACAUCAGAGAUGCGGGUGUAAUUGACACCAGCACCAACAUAAGGACUGAUUUGUGA